UGUGUUAUUCUUCUGAGUACUGUAGUAGUUUAAUCUAAGGGCAGUAUGUUAAGAAAACCGUGUUGUCUUGUCUGGAGAGGGGCAGGCGGGCCAUCUGUCCUUUUUUAUCUUUACCUGAACUCGGUAGUCUUCGUUUAAGUUUGAGUCAGAGAGGUCAGGCAACCUUUUGUUUGUUGGGCCAGCAGGACUUUGAGGAUUUCCACUUUCCACCAGGUGACGACGACGCUGGACUGCCCUGGACUUGACUUGACUUGACUACGUAGGCCAACAAUACCCGACGAUAUACGAUACACGAUACUGGAGAACUUGCCCCUGGAGACGGACGGUGCAUCGCCACUUUCAUUAGGUUCCCGUCGUCGUCGUCGUCGUCGUCGUCGUCGUCGUCGUCGUUCGGUUCGUUGGAAGCCUUUUCUCACCUGCCUACGUCCCGCCGUACCUACCCUACGACAUCCGGGACCCAGGCAUCUACACUAAUCGGUUCCGUGUCGCACGGCACGGUAAUCGGUACAUUGGCUGUAGACGUCUCGUGCCAUUCAUUCCCGGAUCACAGCGUUCCGCGCCGCGCCGCGCCGCACCGGGGUCAAGGUCAAGGUCAAUCGGGUCAGUCAAGGGGGAUUUAGGCCACCGUACCAACCAAACACCACUGGACCUCACGGCAGUGCAGUUCGCGACCACACCCGCCCGGCCUUCGGCGUUGGACACUCGGCCGUAGCAGGGCAUCACCAAGGAAGCGAUGAUGCACGGCUCAAAACACACAGCGGCGUUGUUCGCGCUGGCUUAUGGACGUGUGGUUUUGGGAUUAGAGGAUGUCGCCCCAGUAGCACCCGCAGCAGCAACUGUUCCCAACCCGCAGUCGCUGUAUAUACAGUUUAUGCACCCCACUCCGCGGUCUUAUGGUUAUGGUCAGGAUUUGGGUUUCCGCCUCGAAGUCAACCCCUCUGUCACCAAUCUCCCCAUCGGCAGCAGCGAUUACAGUUGCGCCUCCCCCAACAUCACCAUCAACAACCAACCUUUGCUUUCUCCACCGAACGAAGACGGGUCGUUUGUGCUGGAUAAUGAUAUCAAGGUGGAUCUUACUUGGGAAUCGCGUUGCUUCCCUGGCGGCGGCGACGAUUCCCUCCCUAACGGUAACUCCGAAAACAAAAACAAGGAGGUUGAUGUGAAAGCGCAAGUAAAUCCCACCCAACAACGAUCACAAUCCGUUACCCUCACUUUGCAAGCCGUCGAUGGACAGCCGGUGAAAGAAGAGUUGAGUUGUACGAUCUGGUUCAGACAGGAGGAACCAGUCUGGGCGUUUGGAGUGGCGGGGUGGUGUGUUGAUGCGAGGAUUCGAGAUGUUAGGGGGAAGACAGGGGGGUGGGAGGUUGUUUUCGAUGAUGAAAACGAGAAGGCAGACACAGAGGCGAAUACGGUGGGGAAGAUGGAGGGAAAAGGAGAAAGUAGAGAGGAGAGAUUGAAGAGGGAGAGGAAGGAGUUUGAGAGGGAGGUGAAGUGUUUGGAGUAUCAGAAAAGCAUUGCUACUGCUGAGGAAAGGGACAGUACCGGUGUGGUUGGUCAUGGCUAUGCGCAAAAGCCGGUGGUCAUGAACAGGAAGUACUACGAGGAGAGGAGACAGCACUUUGAAACGCUUUGCGCAAACCUCCCGCCGAGAGAAAACAACACCAGCACCCCAGGCCCGUCUGCUCAUCCGCCAUGGGAACUCCCGCAUCAUAGACCAGCUAAACCAGCUCGUCUGCCAUUCCCAGAUUUGCUCUUGGACUCAAGCCCCGGAUCAGCCCACCAAACCACCCUGAAUUCCCGCCCUUCUUCCCUCCGCGCCUCUAUUUACGCGCACCUGAUCAAUCUCUCGCCCAUCCGCCUCGCCGCCUACAUCAUCUUCCUCUCCCUCCUCAUAUUGGCCUGCUUUUUUCACUCUCUCCAUCGGGUACGCAGCCGAAGAAAAAGAUUGGCCCAAGGAAGUGGCGCGGGAGAGCCUGUCGGGAUAGAAUCACUUUGUCCCGGAUUUUACGGCAGUGAUGAAAGCUGUGGAGAGUGCAAGGCUAGAUAUUUUGCUCAGCUGCAAGCUCGAGAUGAAUCUGGGACUGUGAUCGGGACUGGGGAAUUUGAAGGUGAGGGUGAUAAUGAUGAAAUGGCCGAGAAGAGGGGGUCGUUGGAGGAGAAGAAUGAGGGGAUGUCAGAGCUGUGUAUGGAGGAACAGGAGAAACAGGAGAGACAGGAGAAAGAGAGGUUAUCAGAAAGGGAGUACCAGCGAUACUGCGAGUACCAUGCGGUGCCGGAGGAUGGGUUUGCGUUGAGGUAUGAACCUGGGUCGGAACUCCAGACGGUACAUGAGCCUGUUGAGCAAGUCGUUAUUGAUGAUGAGAGGAUUUGGGAUGAGAAGGAAACGUUGGUUGACUCGGAAGACGAGCGGGAAAAGGAGCGCGGUGAAGAAGUUGGGGAGAGCAGUGGCGAAGACAGCGGUGGAGAGGAUAGCGAUGAUGAUUUGUCUAUUGGCAUUGAAUUGGCCUCGUUCAUGAGAGCUGCGAAUCUGGUGGAGGAUAUGAUUCGGGCUGGGGCGAGGCGAGAAGCGGCUCCAAGGCCUCAGGCGGCUCUGCCGGUAAAUGCCAGGCGGCAGUCACCUGGGACGCCUCCACCGCCGAGUUAUGGUGAAGUGGUAGGGCUGAGGGGGGUUGUCGAUGACGAAGGGUUAUUACCACCUCGGUAUGAGGAAUAUCUGAGAAGCCAAAGGUAACAAAGAGGCGCUUUCUUGGGUCACGGGGUUCUUCGGGGGUAUUGAUGGGUUGGGGUACUUACCUUAAUGCUUAAUGACUGUAAUGAGUGCUGGGGAAAUGCUUGGGCGGAUAGGACAUUAAGCGAUGCGCUUCUCAUGUGCAGCAAUGUGAGGUCGGUGCUGCUUCAUCUUCCAGAAGGGUAUAUAUAUAUGCAUGACUUGUGUCGCGGCUUUCAAUUCCAAACGUGUCUUGACACACCAGCGAACGCGGUUGCUGUGGUAACCUGUGAUCCGGA